GUCUCCUCAGUGAUGUUGGGCUCUCCCUCCAACCAGUCAUUACUGAACACAGCUACUUUUAUCCUUCUGGGUGUCCCAGGGCUGGAAAUAGCCCACUUUUGGCUGGCAGUCCCACUGAGUGCCAUGUACGCCAUAGCUCUAUUAGGAAAUAUUAUCAUCGUGACUGUGAUCUGGACAGACAGUGCCCUUCAUGAGCCCAUGUAUCACUUCUUAUGUGUCCUGGCUGCUGUGGACAUCGUCAUGUCAACUUCUGUGACCCCCAAGAUGUUGAGCAUCUUCUGGUCAGGCAAUGGUAUCAUUGGCUUUGCGGCCUGUUUCACCCAGAUGUACAUUGUCCAUGCUACCACAGCAGUCGAAACAGGAUUACUCCUGGCCAUGGCCUUUGACCGCUAUAUAGCUAUCUGUAAACCUCUGCACUAUCAAACUAUCCUCACCCCCCAGACCAUGAUGGGCAUGGGUAUGGCCAUUUUAGCUAGAGCUAUCACAGCCAUGACCCCAAUGACCUGGAUGGUGGUGCAUCUGCCAUACUGCGCUUCCCAUGUGGUCCCCCAUUCCUACUGUGAACACAUGGCUGUAGCUAAGUUGGCGUGUGCUGACCACAUGCCCAGCAGCCUUUAUAGCUUAGUUGUUUCCUUUAUCAUUGUGGGGGUUGAUGUGACCUUCAUUGCUACCUCCUACAGCCUGAUCCUCCAAGCUGUGUUCAGUCUCCCUUCUCGAAAUGCACGGGUCAAAGCACUCAACACUUGUGGUUCACAUGUGAGUGUCAUGGUCCUAUACUACUUGCCAGCCAUGGUGUCGAUCUAUAUGGCAUGGUUGGGACAGGAAAUAGUUCCCUUGCACGCCCAGGUGCUACUGGCUGAUUUCUAUUUAGUCAUCCCUCCUAUGCUGAACCCCCUUAUCUAUGGCCUGAAGACAAAGCGUAUCCGGGAGCGAGUAUGGAAUGCAACUUUCUCAGGUUGA